CACGUCCGGCGCCAUGGACAGGACCCCCGCAGCUCUGAGGCGCUGGACCGCAGCAGCCGCGUGCCCUGGGACAGACCCCAGCCCGGCCUGCUGAGCCCGGAUGGGGCCGCGCUGGGCCCUCGACCUGGCCCUGGUGUGGAAGGCGGGCCUGACGCUGGGGCUGGUCCUGCUGUACUACUGCUUCUCCAUCGGCAUCACCUUCUACAACAAAUGGCUGACGAAGAGCUUCCACUUCCCGCUCUUCAUGACCAUGCUCCACCUGGCCGUCAUCUUCCUCUUCUCCGCGCUGUCACGGGCGCUGGUUCAGUGCUCCAGCCACCGUGCUCGUGUGGUGCUCAGCUGGGCCGACUACCUCCGGAAGGUGGCCCCCACGGCACUGGCCACAGCCCUUGAUGUGGGACUGUCCAACUGGAGCUUCCUCUACAUCACCGUCUCACUGUAUACGAUGACCAAGUCCUCGGCCGUCCUCUUCAUCUUGAUUUUCUCUCUGAUCUUCAAGCUGGAGGAGCUGCGCGCGGCGCUGGUCCUCGUGGUGCUGCUCAUCGCCGGGGGCCUCUUCAUGUUCACCUACAAGUCCACGCAGUUCAACCUCGAGGGCUUCGCCCUGGUGCUGGGCGCCUCGUUCAUCGGCGGCAUCCGCUGGACGCUCACGCAGAUCCUCCUGCAGAAGGCCGAGCUCGGCCUGCACAACCCCAUCGACACCAUGUUCCACCUGCAGCCGCUCAUGUUCCUGGGGCUCUUCCCACUCUUCGCCGUGUUCGAAGGCCUGCACCUGUCCACGUCGGAGAAGAUCUUCCGCUCGCAGGACCUGACGCUGCUGCUGCGUGUGCUGGGCAGCCUCUUCCUGGGCGGCAUCCUGGCCUUCGGCCUGGGCUUCUCCGAGUUCCUGCUGGUCUCCCGGACCUCCAGCCUCACCCUCUCCAUCGCCGGCAUUUUCAAGGAGGUCUGCACGCUGCUGCUGGCGGCACACCUGCUGGGCGACCAGAUCAGCCUGCUCAACUGGCUGGGCUUCGCUCUCUGCCUCUCGGGCAUCUCCCUGCACGUGGCCCUCAAGGCCAUACAUUCCAGAGGUGAGGGUCCCCCGAAGGCCCUGAAGGCGUUGGGCUCCAGCCCCGACCUAGAGCUUCUGCUGCGCAGUAACGCGCAGGAGGAGGACGACGCCGGCGCGGAGGACGAGAAGGAGUACUUCCUGGCGCAGGGCCCGCAGUGACAGCCCAGCCCGAGCUCAGGGACGGGGUCCAGCAGCCGCUCCGGCGGGCGUGCACGGCCCAUCCGGGGGCCGAGUCUGGACUGUUGAGGGGCUGGGCCUGCGGGGGCGUUUUCUCCCGGAGAGCGGAUCUAUUUAUAGUUUGGAAUAAAGGCUUUCUGGUCCA